AGACCAUACCCAUGCUUCAAAGUCCUGCACAGCUCCAGAGAAGUGCCUGGAUCCAGGAGGUUUCUGGUAAGGGUGGUCCUUAGCACAGAACUUUUCAAAGCCUUUUGGACCACCUGUAACAAAGACAGCUGUGGGCAAGGUUUCCAAGGAAGACCUAAAUAUGUUCUGGAUCUUCUGUGGUAUAGAUCAAAGGAAUAGGGACUCUUCAAACUCUACUUUAAAAAUCAAUUACAGCACUAGUAAAAAGAUUAUAAAGCUAGAUGUUAAUCUUUACAUCAAUCAGGUCACUCUAUGCCUGGAGCUCAUUUGCCUUGCAAAUACUCUAUUGUUACAGUCUGUGUCCCUCCCCACUCACUUAAAUUGUUAACUCCACCUCAGAAAAUAACUUUUGCAGCAAUUUCUGGAGGAGAGACGGAUCGUGCCCCUCAAACCAUGGGGCCUGUCAGCUACUCAUCAGAGACCUAUGACUUGGCAGCUCUCAGGCCUCUGAGGAUGAGAAGAAGGGGACAGUUUCACUGCACAGAAUUUGAGAGCCAGGUAGAGCUGAGUGGUUACUACGAAGCUGAGAACACCACCCCUUCUUUGGAGGGCUACUUUUGCUUCAACUCAGCCUCAUCUGUGGUUGGCAACCAGGGAGACCCCUUCAGAAAGGUCUUCAUGCCCCUCAUCUAUCUACUGAUGUUUGUGUUGGGGACUCUAGGCAAUGCUCUGGUCCUGGUCAUUUUAGAGAGGUUCAAGCGGUCUCGCACCACCACAGAAAACUUCCUUUUCCACCUCACCCUGGCCAACCUGGCACUGUUGCUCACCUUCCCAUUCAGUGUGGUGGAGAGUUUGGCUGGGUGGGUAUUUGGGAAGUUCCUCUGUAAGAUACUCAGUGCUGUCCACAAAAUCAAUUUCUACUGCAGUAGCAUGCUGCUGGGGUGCAUUGCGGUGGACCGUUACCUGGCCAUCGUCUAUGCAAUCCACACCUACCGCAAACGCAGAGCUCACUCCAUCCACCUCACCUGCAUGGCUGUCUGGCUCUGCUCAUUGCUUCUGACUUUACCUGAUCUCAUCUUCAUGGAAGUCUGGACAGAUGACGGCAACCGCAGCAUUUGCUAUUUUCCAGAGGUUGGGAUUGAUGGAAACAAUGCGUGGCUGGCAACCCGUUUCCUCUACCACACCGUGGGCUUCUUUGUGCCUCUGCUGGUCAUGUGUUACUGCUACACGGCCAUCAUCCGGGCACUGUGUCAGUCCCAGCGCCUGCAGAGGCAAAAAGCUGUCCGUGUGGCCAUCCUGGUCACAGGUAUCUUCCUCCUAUGCUGGAGCCCAUACCACAUUGUCAUCUUCCUGAACACACUUACCAAGCUAGAAGCCUUCACCAAGAACUGUCUCCUGGAAGACCAGCUGGACACAGCCAUCAUGGUGACAGAGGCCAUUGGCUUCACACAUUGCUGCCUCAACCCCAUCCUCUACGCUUUUAUUGGGGUCAAGUUCCGUAACGACUUCUUCCGGAUCCUGCAGGAGCUUGGCUGCAUAAGCCAGGAGACCCUGCAGGAAAUCCUGGAGGUGACAAGGAAGGGUAGUGGGAUAGAGUCUGACAACACCACCUCCAUCUCCACUUUCUAG